GUUAGCCUAUUUAAAAUGGCAGCCGAAAGCACAUCAUCAGAAAAUCAAACAAAAAUUGCAGAUUUUGAAUCAUUAGGUUUACACAAAUGGCUAGCUGAUCAGUGUAAAGCGAUGGGUUUAUCAAAGCCGACAGAAAUUCAGCAAAAUUGUGUAUUACCAAUUUUGAAAGGCCAAGAUUGUAUUGGUUGCGCCAAAACAGGAAGUGGCAAGACAGCAGCUUUUGCUUUGCCAAUCCUACAGAAACUCUCAGAAGACCCGUAUGGAAUAUUUGCGCUGAUUUUGACUCCUACUCGUGAGUUGGCCUUCCAGAUAUGUGAGCAGAUAAAUGUUCUUGGCAAACCUAUCGGAGUCAGGGUGACAGUGAUUACUGGAGGCCUAGAUAUGUUACAGCAGGGCCUUGACCUUCAGGUGAAGCCUCACAUCGUCAUAUCCACCCCUGGAAGACUGGCCGACCACCUGCAGAGCUGCGAUACAUUCAACUUGAAGAAGAUCAAGUUUCUUGUACUGGAUGAAGCAGAUCGCUUGAUUGAAGAUGAUUACGGGGAGCAGUUGGAGACGAUAUUUAAAGUGUUGCCACGGAGACGACAGACCCUGCUGUUCAGUGCCACCAUGACACAAACACUCAAACAGCUUCAAGAGGUGGCCAUGAAUAAGCCUUUCUUCUGGCAACAAAAUUAUGACAUUGUGACGGUGGAGACGCUGAAGCAGUACUACGUGCUGAUGUCUGCUGAUGUGAAGGACGCCUACAUGAUGCAUGUUCUUGAUGUGUACAGCGAGGCCAACCCGAAAUCUUCCAUCAUGAUCUUCACGUCCACAUGCAAAUAUACGCAGAUCCUGGGCAUGGUAUGCCAGGAGCUGGGGUUUGACUGUGUCGUGCUCCACUCUAUGAUACGACAGAAAGAGAGGCUGGCUGCCCUUGCCAAGUUUAAGUCCAACCAGGUCCGCAUACUCAUAGCAACAGAUGUUGCUUCAAGAGGUUUGGACAUUCCUACAGUCGACCUUAUCAUCAACCACAACAUCCCAAACAAGCCUAAAAACUACGUGCACAGAGUUGGUAGAACGGCUAGAGCAGGUCGCGGAGGUAUGGCUGUUUCCUUGGUGACCCAAUUUGACAUCAAGUUGGUUCAUGCCAUUGAAGCCACUAUAAAAACCAAAUUACAGGAGUAUCCAACUAAUGAGAAAGAAAUGAUGAAGAUUCUUACUGAAGUUGCAGUAGCACGAAGGGAGGCAGAAAUAAAAUUGGAUGAAAGAGAUUUUGGGGAGCAAAAAGAGAUAAACAAGAGAAAGAAACUCAUUCAGGAUGGCAAGGAUCCAGAUGAGGAAGAAAGGAAGAGGAAAAAGAUGAUAAAGAUGAAGUUCAGAAAACAUCGCUCAAGGAUGGCAGAACAGGAAGAAAAACGGAAACAAAAGAAAGAGAAAAUAAUUAACAGAAAGAAACAGAAGUCAAAAGACACUACCACAUGAAAAUGUAUUCAUUAUUUUUUUAAAGAUUAUUAUGUGAUACAUGUUAAGUAACAGUCAAUUUUUAAGAGUAUUAUUGAUAUGUUUAUGGAGACUGUUUAAAUUACCUCGUACAUUUACAACUUUACUUCAGAAACACUUGUUUCACAGGUGUUCUGAUUUUUAGGAUGUUAAAAAACAGUGAUUAUUUAGCAGCAGUUGCUAUAUUUGUAUUGCAUUUACAUAAGAUCUAUUGAAAUUGUGUUGAUUUAUAAGGCAUUUGUCGGCUACAAGAUUCUAUAUUUGGCAUAAAGAGCAUAUUUGUUUCCAAAUUAUAAAAACAUAUCCUGACCCAGAAUUUGUUCAUUGAUACUCAGUUGUAUCUCUCAGUGGCAAUCUCAAUUGGAGUGCCACAUUGUCAAUUUGUUAAGCAUUAGUUUGAAUCUAAGCAUCGCCACAUAUCUUGUGUGGGGGCGGAGUGUGGGGGUUGGAAUUCUUAUGUUAUUAUUUCUGCAAUCAUUUGCCCUGUAUGCACAUUUAUGUAGGGUAGUUUAUGACAUACAGAUGUGCGCUUCGUACUUGAAAAAGCCUACGAUGAAAUAAGUUUGUCCAGGAAAUUUAUGAGAUUUACUGACCCCCAUGACACAACACAUUUAUGUUGCAAAUUGCAGGAUAUUCAAAAGAAACACCCUAUUGUGGUCAGUUUAUAUUGUUAGUGAACGCUGGUUGUGUAAUUUUAUACCGGUAGUUCCCGGUAGAAAUAGUGAUAUUAUAGUACUGAUAUCGUGUUAAGAAGACAUAACAGUCGUAAAGAAACAGUUGAUUAAUAGUCAUAUGAUGUAUUGUUCAAGUCUAACAUUGUGAUGCCUCUGUUUAAAACUAAUUCUUCGAUAAAAGCUAUGCAGAUCUCCUAUACAAACUUAUUGUAACUUAUGGGUGUGAAAUAAAAUCAGCUUAAGUUGAUGGAUGCUGUAUUAGAAUGAAUAAAGAAUUAAAGAAUAAA